CUAGGCUUGCGGCCAGGGUUUCCGACGGGCGGAGACGCUUAGCGGCCAGAUCCCACGGAAGCGCGCUCGGAGGGCCGGGACCCGGCCGGACCGGAGAUGGCGCCGCCAGCGGGCGGGGCGGCGGCGGCCUCGGACUUGGGCUCGGCCGCAGUGCUCUUGACUGUGCACGUCGCUGUGAGGCUGCUGGGCGCCGGGCCAGACGCCGAGGCACAGCUGCGGAGGCUCCAGCUGAGCGCGGACCCUGAGCGGCCUGGGCGCUUCCGGCUGGAGCUGCUGGACGCGGGACCCGGGGCGGUCAAUUUGGAGUGGCCCCUGGAGUCAGUCUCCUACACCAUCCGAGGCCCCACCCAGCACGAGCUCCAGCCUCCGCCAGGAGGACCUGGAACCCUCAGCCUGCACUUCCUCAACCCUCAGGAAGCUCAGCGGUGGGCCGUCCUAGUCCGAGGUGCCACCGUGGAAGGACAGAAUGGCGGCAGCAGCAGCAGCAGCUCACCACCAGCCCUGGGCCCAGAAGCACGCCCCGCCUCCCUGCCCAGUCCCCCGGAAGUCCCCACACCUGAGGCAGAUCUUCCUAGGAGCCCUGGAAACUUGAUGGAGAGAGAAGAGCUGGCAGGGAAUCUGGCCCGGGCCAUUGCAGGUGGAGAUGAGAAGGGGGCAGCCCAAGCGGCAGCCGUCCUGGCCCAGCAUCGUGUGGCCCUCAGCGUUCAGCUUCAGGAGGCCUGCUUCCCACCUGGCCCCAUCAGGCUGCAGGUCACACUUGAAGACGCUGCCUCUGCCGCAUCCACCACGUCCUCUGCGCACGUUGCCCUGCAGGUCCACCCACACUGCACCGUUGCAGCUCUCCAGGAACAGGUGUUCUCAGAGCUCGGUUUCCCGCCAGCUGUGCAACGCUGGGUCAUUGGGCGGUGCCUGUGUGUGCCUGAGCGCAGCCUUGCCUCCUAUGGGGUUCGGCAGGAUGGGGACCCUGCUUUCCUCUACUUGCUGUCAGCUCCUCGAGAAGCCCCAGCCACAGGACCUAGCCCUCAGCGCCCCCAGAAAAUGGACGGGGAACUUGGACGCGUGUUUCCCCCAUCAUUGGGGCUACCCCCAGGCCCCCAGCCAGCUGCCUCCAGCCUGCCCAGUCCUCUCCAGCCCAGCUGGCCCUGCCCUUCCUGCACCUUCAUCAAUGCCCCAAGCCGCCCUGGCUGUGAGAUGUGUAGCACCCAGAGGCCCUGCACUUGGGAUCCCCUUGCCGCAGCUUCCACCUAGCAGCCACCAGAGCAGCAUGCUCCUGUGGGAACCCAGCCACUGCCAGCUUCUGGCCAGGACCGACCACCCAGCUGCCCUGUGGACUGCUAGGAGGGGCCACUCCAUGACACACAUGCUGCCUGUCUGCUUGACUCCUUCACCUGGCUGGGAGCCAUCCCCUUCCUCUCAGUCCAGUACAGCAAUAGCCCCUGCCCUAGACCAGGCCUUUUCCCUGUUGAAAUGCUGCCGAGGUUCCCUGCUGCCAUCAGAAUGGGGGCCAAGUGGUUCAACACCUCGACACUUGGCUGUUUAUUCCAACAGGUCCCUGGGCCACAUCCUGCCUAGCCAGGCCCUUUUCAGCUCUGUGCUCAGACACACCCCAUCCCACCCCACCAAAUGCUGCCACUUCCUCUAACAUCCAGUUGUCUGCUUUCUGUUCCACACCCACUGUCUGCACUCCCAGCUACCAGUUAGUGCAGGGCAUUGCUGGCCACACUGAAUGGGACAUCCUGGGAGCCUUGUGAAGGCAACGGUCUUGGUAUCAGAGUCCCUUGCAAACCUGUACUCCUUCCAUAUAAUAGCUCAAAUAUGAUAGUUCAAGUAUGUA